CAUGUAGCAAUUGGUGAAGUAGUAGACUCCAGCUAAUCUUUUCAACCCCACCCCCCUAACCAGACACAUCACACAUGCCCGGUCAAUAUAUGUACCUCACCCAAACGCUCCUUAACAUCAAUAUUUUCUUUUUUCUUUUUUUCCUCCUUUUAAUUUAUCACCUACGCCUGGUGCAAUGGACUACGGCAGGAUCGGAGUACCCGACCCUGGUGGUGGUGGUGGCUCCUCAACCCGUAGCCUUACCGCCGAUCCGACCCGCACUCCCCCUAAAUCCAAACUCAAGCUUCUCCUCCUCCUCGUCGCUGCAACACUCGUAGUGGCUUCCGCCGUCUCAGCCGCGCUCGUCGUCUUCGUCGUCCGGAACAGAGUCGAUGGAGAGAGACUGCUUCACCGGCGACCGUCUCAGGCCAUGUCUAGAGCAUGCAGCCGGACUCGGUACCCGACUCUCUGUGUCAACUCGCUCCUCGACUUCCCCGGCGCCGCCGCCGCCUCCGACAAGGACCUCGUCCACAUUUCCGUCAACAUGACUCUGCAUAAAUUCGGCCGCGCUCUGUAUGUAGCCGCCGAGAUUGGCAACCUUAAUAUGGAUCCUCACGUCAGGUCCGCGUACGAGGACUGCUUGGAGCUCCUCGGCGAUUCGGUGGAUCUCCUCUCACGAUCGCUCACCUCCGUCGCUCCAGGCGGCGGCGCCGCCGCCUCGACUCAGGACGUGUUGACCUGGCUCAGCGCCUCGUUGACGAACCAGGACACCUGCACCGAAGGCUUCAACGAAUUAAACGGCUACGUGAAGAAUCAAAUGUCGGACCGGUUGAAGGAUUUAUCCGAGCUCGUGAGCAAUUGCCUCGCGAUAUACGCCGCCGCCGGAGGCGACGAGGAUUUUGCCGGAAUUCCGAUUCAGAAUCGCCGGCGGCGAUUACUAAGUAGUGAUAAGAAGGAGCACAAGCAUUUUCCGGUAUGGUUAUCCCGGAGAGACAGAAGGCUGCUGGAUAUUCCGGUGACGGCGAUUAACGCCGACGUAAUCGUGUCCAAAGACGGCAACGGAACGUGCAAAACGAUCGCCGAGGCCAUUAAGAAGGUUCCCGAUUACGGGAACCGGCGAUUCAUUAUCUACGUGAGGGCAGGAAAGUACGAGGAGAGUGUACUGAAGGUGGGAAGGAAGAAGACUAAUAUAAUGUUCAUCGGAGACGGCAAGGGCAAGACGGUCAUUUCAGGUGGGAAAAGCGUACAAGAUAACAUGACAACAUUCCACACCGCGUCUUUUGCUGCAACUGGUGCUGGCUUCAUUGCAAGGGACAUAACAUUCGAAAAUUGGGCCGGGCCGAGCAAGCACCAGGCGGUGGCCCUCCGCGUGGGGGCGGACCACGCAGUGAUCUACCGAUGCAACAUCAUUGGGUACCAAGACACCCUUUACACGCACUCCCAGCGGCAGUUCUACCGCGAAUGCGACAUCUACGGCACAGUGGACUUUAUAUUCGGGAACGCGGCCGUUGUCUUCCAGAACUGCACGAUCCACGCUCGGAAGCCGUUGCAGUUCCAGAAGAACACGAUCACCGCCCAGAACCGAAAGGACCCGAACCAGAACACGGGCAUUUCGAUCCACGCAUGCCGGAUCCUUGCCGAACCGGAUCUCGAGGCAGCCAAGGGGUCGUACCCUACGUACUUGGGGCGGCCUUGGAAGUUGUACUCUAGGACGGUGUAUAUGAUGUCGUAUAUAGGGGAUCAUGUUCACCCUAGGGGGUGGUUGGAGUGGAAUGCCACGUUUGCGUUGGAUACUCUGUAUUACGGGGAGUAUAUGAAUUACGGGCCUGGUGGGGCCAUAGGGCAAAGGGUGAAUUGGACGGGGUAUCGUGUGAUUACGGCAGCGGAGGAGGCUAGCAAGUUUACGGUGGCACAGUUCAUUUAUGGGUCUUCAUGGUUGCCCUCCACCGGAGUGGCCUUUUCUGCCGGGCUCUUGACUUGAUACCCCCCUUGCUUUGACUAUAUUGAUAUGGUAUAUAGUAAUUUUUAUUAGUUGUUAUUUUAUUUUAUUUUAUUUUUCUUUGGGGGGUUAAGUUACUGAACUGACACAUAAGGCUCAAAUUGAUGGAUUAUUUGAUAUGGUGUAGUAAAGUUGGAUGAAAUUGUAACAUGGGGAAUGUACACUAGUAUUUGUACUCUUUUCUCCAUUGUCAAAAUAAUAUCUUAUUUUAUUUGGUACACUUCA